UUCCUUCAGUUUUCCGCCUAUAAAUUAACACUCCCAUCCCCUUUUUUCUUUCAUUGUUCAAUAAUUUGCUCUACGUUUAUUCUUACUUUUUUGAGAUCCAAACACCAAUUUCAUCAACUUUAGAAUUAAAAUGGCUCGUACGAAGCAGACUGCAAGGAAAUCAACCGGAGGGAAGGCACCACGUAAGCAGCUAGCCACAAAAGCCGCUCGCAAGUCGGCUCCAGCAACCGGAGGAGUGAAGAAGCCUCACCGUUUCAGGCCUGGAACCGUUGCCCUGAGAGAAAUCAGAAAGUACCAAAAGAGUACGGAGUUGUUGAUACGGAAGCUUCCAUUUCAAAGGCUGGUGAGGGAAAUCGCUCAAGAUUUUAAAACGGAUCUGAGGUUCCAAAGCAGCGCCGUCGCCGCCCUUCAAGAAGCAGCGGAGGCAUAUCUGGUAGGACUCUUUGAGGAUACCAAUCUGUGUGCUAUUCAUGCAAAGAGGGUUACCAUUAUGCCCAAAGAUAUUCAGCUUGCUAGAAGGAUUAGAGGAGAAAGAGCUUAACUUAGCCCAUCAUGUGUUGUGGCAAAAAAAAAAAAAGCCAUUGUGUUGGGUUGGCUUAGAUUUUUAUGAUUUGGGAUGUUAUGAUGCAAAUUAAUGGAAUUCAAAUGGACACUUUUCGUUGUUA